AUGUCUAGCAUAUCCCCCAUUGUCAAGGCAUCGGCGUCAUCCUCGACGGCAACCACAACGACCACAAAAACGACCACAACUGUCAACAUGGCAGUCCCGCGCACAACAAAGGCAAAACCCGCCGCUGCCAAGGCGGCAAAGGCCAAUUCCGACACAAGCUCGACCAACAAGCAGAAGGCGCAGAUGCACCGCCGGUCAAGAACAGGCUGCUACACGUGCCGGCUGCGGCGAAAGAAGUGCGACGAGGGCUCCCCCAUGUGCACGGCCUGCAAACACCUCGGACUCUGCUGCGAGUUCAAGCGGCCGCACUGGUGGAGCAACAACGAGGCUCGUCGCGCCAAGAAGGAAGAGAUCAAGCGGAUCAUCAAAUGCACGAAGCAGUCGGAGAAGACGUCGGCACAGCACACAAACAUGCAGUCAUCGGUACCAUCGCCACCGGGCCUGUCGCACUCGCUGCCCACGUCAGCCACCUUCUCAGACCCGCUCGACCGCACGCGAUCGGCUUCGGUGGACUCCCACCUUUCCUUCAACUUCAACAGCCCGCCCACAUCCUCGUCCGAUUACGGUCUGGGCAGCACCAGCGCCUUCUCCACUCCGCAGCUAAACCCUGAUUUCAUGUUCAGCGCCGGAUUUCCUCCAUACGAUGUGGACAUCAAGACUGAGCGCCAAAUGUACGUCGACAACGUGCCCACACUCCACGAGUCCACCACAUCCACUUUCAGCACAUUCCACACGCCACCGCCCCCUGGCACCGUUCUACCGCCGUAUCCAUGCGGCACUCCUGGCAGCAUCGAUGUCAUUGACGGCACCUACAUGGGCGCCCCGGGCAUGGGUGUCGCCAUGGGCGUCGCCACUGAAGGUGGUGAGUGGAUGGAGCAGGUGUACCUGGAGCGACGCGAGUCCAUGACAGAGGAGACGCUCAACAUGCACUUCUUCGACUUCUCGCACGGGCCGUCGUCGGACUCGCGGCAGGUGGCCAUUGAGCUGGACGAGGGCGACCAGAGACUGCUGGAUCACUUUGUGCGCUUUGUGCUGCCGUCCAUCUUUCCCAUUCUCGAGACCAACCAGCACGGCUCGGUAGGCUCGGAUCUUAUUCUGCCGGCACUGCAGAGCAACAAGUGCUACCUGCACUGCUGUCUCAGCAUCGCAGCCCAGCACCUCAAAGCCAUGCUGGGCGAGCCGCACGGCUCAGAGCUGGACGGUGAUGUCAUGCGCCACCGCUACGCCACGAUCUCCACGCUGUGUGCCGCCCUGCCGUGCGAAGAGAAUUACCAGCAGAUUCUGGAGGCCACGCUGGGCAUGAUCUUCUUCCAGUGCUCUGUCGGUCGCCUCGACGACGACCUCCCAGACGUGUCGUGGCACCAGCACUUUCAGGCUGCCGUGUCGGUCGUGCAGAAGCUGGAUCUUCCGCGACUGGUCACUGAAAGCCUGGAGGUGUCAUCCCAGGAACCACUGAAGACAUCGUUGCCGCAGCCGCAGACGCCGUUCAACAUGACCCUCACGGCCUGGAUCGACAUCCUGGGCGCGACCAUGCAGGGACGGGCGCCGACAUUUGCGCACACGUACCGGGAGAAGCACCUGUCGCCGGCACAUGAAACCUCGCUGGGAUUGCGCGAGCUGAUGGGCUGCGAGGACCGGGUCAUGUAUUUGAUCUCGGAGAUCGCCUGCCUGGAGGCGCUGAAGGCGGGUGGGAUGGACGACAUCAUGCUGUGCCAACACGUCAGCGUCUUGGGCGACCAGAUUGGGCUGACGGAGAUGGGUGAGGCGCCGGUCAGGCCGCCCUUCAAUGCCAACGGCACCCUCAGCCCGAAGCAGCUGUCGAAGAACAUGACGGCAGCCUUCCGUCUAGCGGCCCGCGUGUACCUCUGCUCGCUGGUGCCAGGCUUCCAUCCGGCACAGCCAAGCUGCAUCGGGCUGGUGGAGAAGCUGACGGCAGUCUUGCAGAUGAUCCCAUGUGGUGCAGCCGGCUAUGAUCGGAGCGUGGUGUGGGUGUAUCUCAUGGCCGGGGCCGUGUCUGUACCAGGCUCGCCGUUCCAGGAUUUUUUUGCGGAACGCAUCGAGCAGAUGGGCGAUCAGGCAUACGUCGGCUCAUUCGGCCGCGUGGUGUCUCUUCUGCACGAGGUGUGGCACCAGCAGGACCUUUUGCAGCAGCAGGGCCAGCAGCCCUCGUCGCCUGAGUCGGUUGGCUCAUCGAUGAGCGACAGCCAACAACAAUACGUCCACUGGCGGGACGUGAUGCAGAUGAAGGGCUGGGACUUUCUCCUGAUCUAG